ACAGGCAUCUCCACGGGCAGGCUGCAUCCACCUCGGCCGAGGUGUCGUCAUUGGCUGCCUAUUAGAAAAACCUACAGGACAAUGCAUACCACCGACUGCCGACUGUAAACACAGGGGAUGUGUGUUCACUUAGCACGGACUUCUGGGAGGGGCUAAGGAAGGGCGGUCUGCCGUUUUAUUGAAUAGAGCAGUGUGUGCCCGGCUGCCUGCCUGCCUGCCCUCUCGCUGAGCUCCCGCUUAAAGAAAUCGGUCCUUCCUUUCAGACUCGGUCCCCGGGAAGACGUUUCAGCCUAUGAGGUUUCACUGAAACAUCCCGAGAUCAUCCAGCCGAAUUUCGCAGGGAUUGGUGACCAAUCAGAGGGCGUAGACGUGGAUAUCUGACUGCUUGCCUAUCCAGACAUCACCUGGUCUCCCUAAACCUGACAUCGCACCAUGGAUGAUUUCGAACGUCGCAGAGAACUGAGGAGGCAAAAGCGGGAAGAGAUGCGCCUGGAAGCAGAAAGAAUCGCCUACCAGAGGAAUGACGAUGACGAGGAGGAGGCCGCCCGGGAACGGCGCCGGCGAGCCCGGCAGGAGAGGCUGCGGCAGAAGCAAGAAGAAGAAUCACUGGGGCAGGUGACCGACCAGGUGGAGGCUAACGCCCAGAACAGUGUGCCCGACGAGGAGGUCAAGACCACCACCACGAACACGCAGGUGGAGGGCGACGAUGAGGCCGCCUUACUGGAGCGCCUGGCUCGGCGGGAGGAAAGACGCCAGAAGCGCCUCCAGGAGGCGCUGGAGCGUCAGAAGGAGUUCGACCCGACAGUCACAGACGGGAGUCUACCGAGCAGAAGAAUGCGCAACGACACAGCGGAAAACGACACCGAUGACAAGGAGGAAAAAAGUGAAAGCCGCCGAGAAAGAUAUGAGAUAGAGGAAACCACGGAAAUAGUCACCAAGUCCUACCAGAAGAAUGACUGGCGGGAUAUUGAAGAGAAGAACAAAGAGGACAAAGAGGAGGAAGAGAAACCAAAGCAAGGGAGCAUCAAAGAAAACCAGGUAGAGGUGAUGAUGGGAGAAGAGAAAACGGUAGAAACCCAAGAAGAAACAGGGGGAAUGUCUUUGAAAAAUGGGCAGAUCGGUGCAGAUGAGUCUAAAGCAGAGGGUGAGAGGGAACGAGGUUCAGACGAGAUUUCCCAGCAUGAAAAGCGGGAGGAGGAGGAAAGGGAGGCCCAGGCAGAGAAGCUCAGGUUGGAAGCAGAAGAAAGAGAAAGAAUUAAAGCUGAGCAAGACCAAAAGGUAGCAGAGGAAAAAGCAAGACUUGAGGCGGAGGAAAAAGCAAGACUUGAGGCAGAGGAAAAAGCAGCCGCCCUAGAGAGGGAAAGGAGGGAGGCAGAGGAGAGGGAAAGGGUUCGGGAGGAGGAGCGCAGAGCGGCCGAGGAGAGGCAGAGGGCAAAGGCAGAGGAAGAAAAGAAGGCUCAGCUAGAAGAGCAAAAUCGUAAAAAGCAGCUAGAAGAGAAAAACAGUGACGCGCCAGAGAAAAGGAUGAAAGGGGAGAAGGGAGAAGAGACCGUAGAAGGGAAACGGGUCAAUGAAAAGAAAGGAGAAGAAGAUAAGCGCCAGACAGCUGUGCAGAAGAAACAGGAAGAAGAAAAGGGGGCUAAAGUGCAACCCCAAAGAGAAAAGUCCCAAGAAGACAAGCCUACAUUCAAAAAGGAAGAGGUCAAAGAUGAGAAGAUUAAAAAAGACAGAGAGCCCAGAGAAGAUGUUAAGAGCUUCUUAGAUGGGAAGAAGGGAUUUACAGAAGUGAAGUCGCAGAAUGGAGAGUUCAUGACCCACAAGCUGAAACACACUGAGAAUACUUUCAGCCGACCCGGAGGGAGGGCCAGCGAGGCCAAGGAGGCGGAAGGGGCUUCCCAAGUGGAAGCUGGCAAACGCCUGGAGGAGCUGCGCCGCCGCCGCGGGGAGACGGAGAGCGAGGAGUUCGAGAAGCUCAAACAGAAGCAGCAGGAGGCAGCGCUGGAGCUGGAGGAGCUGAAGAAGAAGAGGGAGGAGCGACGCAAAGUCCUGGAGGAGGAGGAACAGAGGAGGAAGCAGGAGGAAGCAGAGCGGAAAGUCAGAGAGGAGGAAGAGAAGAGGAGGCUAAAGGAGGAGAUUGAGAGACGAAGGGCAGAAGCUGCUGAGAAACGCCAGAAGAUGCCGGAAGAUGGCCUGUCAGAUGACAAGAAGCCAUUCAAGUGCUUCACUCCUAAAGGUUCAUCUCUCAAGAUAGAAGAGCGAGCAGAAUUUUUGAAUAAGUCUGUGCAGAAAAGUGGUGUCAAAUCAACUCAUCAAGCGGCCGUCGUCUCCAAGAUCGACAGCAGACUGGAGCAGUACACCAGUGCCAUCGAGGGAACCAAAACGGCAAAACCCACCAAGCCCGCAGCCUCGGAUCUUCCCGUGCCCGCUGAAGGCGUUCGCAACAUCAAGAGCAUGUGGGAGAAAGGGAAUGUGUUUUCGUCCCCCGCCACGUCGGGCACACCCCACAAGGAAACCGCUGGCUUGAAGGUGGGGGUUUCCAGCCGCAUCAGUGAGUGGCUCACUAAAACCCCCGAUGGCAACCGGUCACCUGCUCCCAAACCUUCUGAUUUGAGGCCAGGAGACGUAUCUGGCAAGCGGAACCUCUGGGAAAAGCAAUCUGUGGACAAGGUCACAUCCCCCACUAAGGUCUGAGACCGUUCAGGCGAGAAGCCGGAGCAGCCCCUCCAGAGGCCGGACCCGCCCAGUUGCAGAGGGCUGACGUGCUCUGUGUUCUAUUUAUGUUGAUUUACUCAAUUUGGGUUAAUUUCCUUUUGUUUUAUUUUUCAUUAUCCCAGUAAAGCCAUGUAUAUUGUCACUCUAUUUAAUAAUCACCGUCUAGAGAAGUUCGUGGUAAAAGUACUGCCUUUGCACAGGAGCCUGUUUCUAAAGAAACCCAUGCUGUGAAAUAGAGACUUUUCUACUGACCAUCGGAACUCGGAACAGUGACACCAGCCACGUCGGAGCUCAGACUAAAGGAGGCGCGAGAUGAAAAUUGCCUGAGGAAUGUGUGCAGUAUCCAGAAAAAAACCAACCAUAGUGUGCGUUGUCGUGAUUGUUAUUUUCAUUUUAAAUACAGAAGUCAUGUUGUUUCUGCACUUUAGAAUAAAGCAUGGAAGAAAUCAUCAUAGUAGGCAAUUGUAACACAUUCUGAAAGUAACCCGUUUCAGAUUUGAGAUACUGCAAUAAUGAUUGUUCUUUUAAUUGUACUGUUAAGGUGUUCCUUUUUUUCAUGCUGGUGGAUAUCUACGUUGGAUGAUGUUAGAAGACAGUGGUACCGAUAUCUUUAGGUUGGUUGCUUUGUGGAUUUCUUUGGUAGUGAUAGUAAACCACAUUUUAGAUGGCCUGUUCAUGUAUGUAUGUGCAUUCCUAUACAAACACACUAAUGGUAGAGAGCUUCUUUAUGUGCUAGGCUAUUAUAUUUAGCAGCCUGUCCUUGUAACUAGCCAAUAUCACAGCUUUUCAAAAAUUAAAAAAUCACAAUAUUAUAUUCAUAUUCAUAUUUGCCAAUAGAGACAUGGCGGAAUAGGUCUCGACGUGUGUUCAAGGCCCAGGAGACAACCUGUAGAAAAAGGUGACAUUCGUAAUGUCAAAAUGAAUGGAUAUUUUCUAUAAAACAUAGUAUUUAGUUUAUCAUUAAAGGCAGUCUUGAAGCCCAGUGUGAAUUUUACUAAAUCUGCCAUCUGGGUCAAACCAAAAGCUUGCUGAGAACUUGAUUCUGUUAACAACCAAGUUCCCAACAGGAUGGCCUGCGUGAUACCUGAGGUCUCGUCCUCAUCUGAAAUUGAAAGAUGAGAAUUUCAGUGAAAUUCCAUGUCUGGGCACAAGAGACCAACUUUGGCUCGUGUCUGCAAGCAGAGACGAAAAGUAAGCACAAUCCACAUUUAGAAGUCAUGAAAGUCCUUCUGCCUUUAACAUACUGAACCAUUUUGUAACUUAAAUGUUUCUUCUUUUAUUCUUAGUCAUUGGUACUUGCCAUAAGUUGAUAAUGUGCUGAACUUUCCAAAAAUAUAUAUAACUUGCACUAGUUUUACCAUUUCCCCCCAAAAUCUGUAUCGACUCAUCUUGUUUACACGUGCAGUCCCAACAUCAGCUCUUAUUAAGUAAGUGUAAGCGUGUAAGUAAGUGUACCUCUGUUCCUCACGACUGACGGGAAGAGAGCUCUCCAGCGUCUCGGCAAUGUGUUCUAGCAUAGGGAUAUGUAGGGUAGUUCUGCCAACUGAUACCUCAUUUGACUUAACCCAAAGUGUCCUGGCCUCAAUCCCUACCACACCGAGGGAGCCUCCCAAAUGACUAUUUUCUAAUCGACAGUAUUUCCCUGGAGGAGGUAGCCAGGGCAGUGCUGGCAUGAGCUGGGACCACUGCCUUGCAAAAUCUCUUUUCCUCAAAAAUCAGUAAAGAGUAGCUGGAUUCUCUAGUUUUUCUCACACCUGGGCCAAAGGAAGGAAAGCCACCAAGAUUGCACAGGUCACCCACCCGUGACAGGGUAGAUAGGAAUCUAUGACAAGGUGAACUAGAAUCCACCUGUAGUGUCUGGUUGAGCAUCGACUCCCAUCACUGGAGUGAAAUGGACCAAAGUGUGAAUGAAGGCCCACGGCCAUGUAGCAUUUGCUUUGUUGUACUUUUGAACAAGAGCUUCUCCUGAUCACUAUUAUAUAUAUUUUUUCUCGAAAGUCUAAAGUUGAGAUGAGAAGAGAAUAUAUCGAUCCUGACUUUUAUUCCAGUGUUUGGAUGGAAUAAGUUUUAGGGUAGAAUUUUGUUCCGUUUGGAUUUAAUCUUUUGAAAAAAUGAAUCCCGUGUUUACUUGUUUGAUUACAAUUCUCUUUGUUAUCUUUAAGAGGUAAAACUGCAAAGUGACUAGCAUGUUCUGUGAAUCUGCCAUUCCUGAAAAUUUUAUCAACACUUGAUAUUUUUCACUGAUAAUUGAUCGCUGCAAUAAAUAUAUAUUGUGAAAAUGCAUCCACAAUAAAUGGAAUUCCUCCAAA